GUGGCCUGCUAAGCCAUUGGGUUCUGCCCGCGCAGGUUCGAAUCCUGCCGUUGUCGUGCUUUCCUCUCCAAGUUCACUGUCAAUUCUUUUCUGCUCUGCAUCUGUUGUUGGAUAAACCACCAUUUUAGUUAAAUACGGUGAUUUCUGCUCUCGAAAUGUGUUCGUACAAUACCUUAAUUCUUAGGAGUCACACUGAGCAAUCUAGUCACCGUUGCGCUAUACUCUGUACAAGUCUCUGAGUUCCAAUGCACCAAUCAGUGCCACGGCUACACGGCUACGACUCUGUUCUUGAUGAUUAUGAGAGUAUACUCCCCAGUAACUUACAUAAAUCAGUGACGCGGCAACGAAUACGGAAAACGUAGAGUUUGUUACAUUCAUACUUGUGAACGAUUCCUCUGUAUUAGUGGAGUUGGUGUCUAUCUGCUGUGUCUGCUCUCGACUCCAAAGCCAUACGAAAACAUCAGCUGGUAUUCAAUUUAGUGCUCUUUCCUUUCUUUGCUUGUUUCUUUAUGAAGAAAAUCUGUGGAGGACGUGAGCUAGCCAAGCCUGCGGUUGCCUUCCGUAGUCGGAAGCAAGAAACACACUUUACAGCUGCAGUGAUGUCUCCGUUGUACGUGGACGGGAAGUCGAUGAUGAGGCAGAAUCUGUGUGUAAUGGGAACGCUCUAGUCAAUACAUGUGGCCUCUUAAAUUCCUGGAUGCUGAGGUUGGCCCGUUUCUGUUUCGAAAGCAACCCCGGUUUCUUGUGCACGCCUGCCGCGUCUUGCUUAGGGAAUUCCCGCUGCUGCCGAUUGGGUAGACGUAUCCCUGCAAGUUGAGAUUACCCGUCCAUAAUUGAAUAGCAUCACGACGUUCGUUUUCUACGAGAAAAGAAAUAGUUUACGGUGUCGCAAGUUUUCUUAUGUCUGGGCAAAUGACGUCUCUCAGCUGCAAGGUCUCCCCGCAUGGUACACCAGUGCAUGCUAAAUGUCUUCGCUGUGGGAUACCUUUCUCUCGAGCGAGAGAACUGUUUUCUUAUGCCGGGCACCGGCCUGGAACAGUGGCCAGAUCUAAUGAGAAAAAUGUGUUUCAGUAUCCGGCAUUUUCCGCCGAUGCCUGGCUUGCGAAGCGAGUGGUAAUCUGAUUGGCCGACAUGCGCUUUGCAUCACGCUUUACUUGCCUGUGUAGAUCGCACAUUUUCUCUGGUAAACCUUGUACAGAAAUCUGUAUUUGCCUGGUUUCGGUCGCAUCAGAGUCCAUGCUUGCGUUUGGUGAUGUGUAUGUACACUUCAGCUUUCGACUUGUUAUUCUUCGUUUGGAAAUCAGCGGUCUUCACGUCUUCGCGGAUAAUAGUCGCAAGAGGCCGCGCUGAUCUCCGGCAGCAACCGGCUUUUUUUAUUACUGUAGCAAUAGCGCGUUUGCGCAGCAACGUUGUUGUCCGUCGAGUCGACCUGGUGGCUGUCGCUUUCUCUUUGUUGGCUGUCUUCUUGUCGAAAGCUUCAUUCCCGCAUACCUGGUUCGGCGAUUUCCAAGACCGCGCCUGCGUUGAUGUGAGACGCAGCGCUUUGGUUUUCCUUUUUCUUUCCGCUUUGUUGAUUUUUUGGCCCACACAUGGAGAGUAUGCGCGGGAGCGAACCGGCGUCUUUCCAAUAAUUCCUGCAAAGGCCGGUUGAUCGUGUGCCCGGUGUCGCCUCCGCUUGUCCGACCUUCUCCCGCUGCUACGCCUUUUCGCUUAGAAGUGGAGCCCCAGUCCGUCAUCGACUUUUAAAGAGUCUCUUGUUUUCUCUCGACUGUCCAUCUGGGGGGCAAUGCCUUCGUCUGGCGAUGAGGGGUGCGCCUCCUCACCCGCCUCCGGCUCGUUCUGUGCCCGUCUCCCUGUCGCCCUCAGAUCCCGUUGUCUAGGGAAAGCAGCGGCGCUGAGCGGGUGUUUGUUUAGGGCGCCAUGCCUGCGAGCACCGCCAGAACAUCCCUCGACCGUCGCGUAUCCGGUGAUGUCCCUUGUUUCCCCAGAUCUGCAAAGUCACCUGCGUUUAGAAUGGUCGAUUCCUGCGCUUCUGCUCGGCUCGGAGAUCAAGAUGCGGCAGAGACAAACUCCCGGAGAUCCGGGAUCGCCGAGUCAGCUUCCGAGGCGCAGGAAGGAACCGACAACCCGGAUCCGGAGGCCAGUUCACUGAACGCUCCCGCCGCCGUCUCUGACGGUGACAAUGGGAACCGGGAGGCGCGUCGCCGGGCACGAGGUCUCGGGCGGAACGAAUUCCCAGCGCAAGAAGCAGAAAGUCGCGCACCAGUGGCCGGGCCUCCGUCUCCCCCGUGUUUCCCCCUGCGGCACUACCCCAGCGCGUACUGGCGGGGUCGUCCGAAUCGACAUUACUUUUCUGCGUCUUCUCGGAUUCUUUUGUGGGGCAGCCGGUCGUGCGCAUCUUGUCCCCUGUUUCUGACGCCUUCUAGUCUCAAGUAUCACUGUAGCAACUGUCCAUUCGGUGCACCAAUCCGAAAGGACUCUUCCUUUCCAAGCUCCUCGGCAGACCACCAGGAGGAACAGGAUCUUGCGGGAGAAAGCAGCUCCUCGGCUCCAGGUGUUGUCUGUGUCGAAGAUGCGGCUCUAGGCGGCGGACCCCGGGAUGUGUGUACGCGAGGUGGACCGCCUGGCGGCAGACUGAAGAUCCCGCUAAGUCCUGACGAUGAACAGAAUCGGCACGACCUCACACCUCGCGUCGAAAAGAGGAAUACAGAGCGCAGAGCGUCGGACGUGAAUGCGGAAGAUUCCUCGCGACCCCCUGCCGCUGGGGAGCCGAUACACGACACACAAGAAGCAUCAAGAACGGCUUCCUCAGCGCCCCGCAAAAACAACGCGGGCAAAACAGUCAGUAAUUUUUCGGUGCAGCGUCACGGAUCACACGGAUCACCGGCUCCGAGUUCAGCUGUAUCGGCAACGCCAGUCGAGUCAUGUGGUGAUUCUGUCGUGAAAGGCAUUGCCGCUGCCGGUCCAGCUGCUUUGCCUUCUGGGGCAGCAGCGUCUUCUGGUUCCUUAUCCGCCGAGAGUCUGCCGGAGUGUACCUCUGAUACAGACCCGGCGGGGCCGUCGUUGAACGGGGGUCCACUUUCUGCUGGCUCUGGCGCUGCUCCGGCGGACCCUGGGCUAGACGGUGGCACCAUGUCUCCUGUCAGUUGUGAUGCCUGUCCUUGCUGUCUAGACGUUUGUGAGAACGAGCAGUGUCCCCAGUGCAACGCUCUCCGCUCGUUGCCAGGCGUUCUGGAUGCGACGCGAGAACCUCACGACCCCACGUAUUCGCUCUCUUCUACGGAUUCUGUGGAAACGAUGUUUUACUCGUCGCUGCCGUCGGCCUCGUUCGACUGCUCUCUAGAGGCGUCUUGUGCGCAGUCGGGCUCCCGGGAUAGUAAUUUCUUUGAGACGUCGAGUGGUCCGUGUACUCCUCCUCGCCCCACAGAUUUCAGGCGCCCGGCGUCGACACCGAUGCUUGGGUGCGGCGUCAUUGGGGGUUCCAGUGACAGCACGAGUUCCACCACGCGCGGCGGGUGGCUUUCCGCGAAGUGUCUAAAAAUUAUCUCUCCGCCUGAGCCGGUGCCCGAGUACACGCUGUGCCAAGUCGCCCGCCAUUGCAGGCGCGGGGGUUGCUGGCUUGUCGCCCAUGACUGCAUCUACGACGCGCUCCCCGUUCUGUCCAUUCACCCUGGAGGCUCCGGGUGUCUGCUGCGGAAGGCGCAGCAAAUGAAGGACUGCAGCCGCGACUACGAUUUCCACUCGCAUCGCGGCAGGCAGCUCUGGGAGAGGCUUCUGGUCGGGCGAGUGAAGUUCUGCUCUGGAUGGGAAAGGCAGCGACAGCGCGUCGCGGCAAAUGUCGAGCGAUCCCCGCCGGAGAAAGACGCCGCGAAGAAUGCGCAGUUCUGCAGCGGGGCCUCUGACUCGUGUGGGGUCCCGCAGACGCUUCCUGAAAUGCUUCGUUCCGCAGCGUCACAGGACAUCUCAGAGAGCCGCCACGCAAGCUGCGAAGGUGAAGCAGGCGAAUUCACUUCUCAACCAGCAGGCAAGACCACGCAGAAAUGGUGCCGUGUGCAGUGAUCGGCGCUUGUUCUAUAAGUUGUGUUGCUGCUCUCAAGCUAGCGACAGUUUGGCGCCUCGGCAUAUUUGGUCGCAUUGGAACCUGCGAGUCUUCUCGCAGAUUCCUCUCCACACGGUGCCCUUCACGGACCAAGUUUAAGGCGUGACGUCCGUGAGAGUUCGUUUUGUCCGCGCAUCGAGCCUUGGUGGGGAGCGUCGAGGUUCUCAGCCGCGUCCCGGGCGCGGCUAAGCAACGGACGGACCAGGUUUUGUGGUGUUUCCGACUGGUCAGUUCCGGCCGAUAUUUCUGAGGUUCCCCUCUUCUUGGUGAGGAGGCUGGUGAAGUGUGCGCCUGGUAUGGCGGGCUGAACUCCAGACCAUGUUCGACAGAGGGGGCUGAGCGUUCAGGAACUUUGGUGUGCAGUGGCCUCUGGAGGCCAGUGGUGGGAAGCAGCAGAAUCCAGCAAUGGUGGGCAACGGCCCCCGUUUCCCAAGAUUUUCCAACAACGCGACCGAAAAUGUCUGCGAAAUUUGAGAAGGUUUACGGGUAGUGGUGAACUUCAAUGGGACAGCGUGGAGCCUGCGUGGUAGAAAAAACGGUUCUUCCGUCUGCGCUGUGAAUAUUGGCGGCGGGUGUUGUUCUUCGUGGUGUGGAGAACUCCGUAGUUAACAUAACGCAUGGGUCUUUGCAUGCGAUAUUGGUCACAGAGUAUACAGACGUUGAGAGUCGCGAAGGAACUAGACUUAACAGGCCUGCUUGGCUCGACGUCAUUCGCGGCAGAAGACAAUGAGCCAGUAAACAGAUUGUAGUUGCAGUGAUUCUGAGUGUGCCGACACGAUUUCAGCACAGAAACGAUGGCUGUGGACCAUGAAGCGUUCCUGAGCUUGCCAAAAUGUUAUUCGUGACGGUGGGCGCCGCAGCAGUGGAGCGCCUUUCUUUGUGAUCGUGUCUGGAGAUAGCGUCGCUCUUUCUCUGCCCCGUGUAGGAUUUUGUUGCUUCCACUGGCAUGGCGGCGCAUGCAGUCUUCCUUUAUGAAUGAAUCCGACGUAAAGGAAAUGGCAGAAAGAGGCCAGCCUUGUCUGAACAAGGGUAACUCGUAGCAGCUGAACUGGCUGAGUGGGGCUGGGGCUGCAACACCCAGUGUUCUCCCACUAUAGUUUGCAAGGCUGACGACGGAGAAACCGCUGAAGCUAGUUCGAGAAGGAAUCUGCGUGCCGCAUCUGGUCCCAAGGCAGGUUCCAUGCAGACUAAAGGUACAGGUGAUGAAGGAAUGCGGUUUUUUAUCACCUCAAGGGAAGGUCUUCUUUUGGACGUUAGCCUUUGCGACAGAUGGCGCGACCUUGUGAGGAAAGCAACCGGCAAUAGAGAGUACUCAGGAUGGAAGAUGAGGCGGAAAAUGGCAGGAUUGAGGGAAACAGGGAAAGCCGAGAAAAUUACGAAGGAACAGAAGAGAAAAGACCCUGUCCCAGUGGUUGGGAUGGUGGCCACGGCUCGAUUGUCAAGGGCCGUAGUAUUUUCGAUUGUUUCAGCGACUUUGCCCAGAGCAGCCACGAAAAAGAGCACUGGGGAUUUACUAGAAGACACGGAGGUUGAGGAAGAAUAUCUUCUUCGACGGUAUAUAGGGGCUGGCAGCUUCCGUGAUGAGUGGGGUUGAUUUUGCUUGGUAUUUCGAAAGUGUGCCAAGAAGUGCGUGUACGCUUGUGUGCUGUGUGGAUGGGAUCAUCGUUUUUCUAAAUGAAGUUGGAUAAAGCGACUAUCUGCCGUUACAAAAUAUAGUAGCGGCGGACCGCUGGUUGCAGUUCAGUGUUCGAAGCGGUGUUUGUCAUUUCGAUGGCGGUACCGGGUGCGGCAGCAUACCUUGUCAGUAGCAAACAGAGGCUGUACAGUAAUAAUCGUGGCAAAUGGGCAACUGCGGUGUUCGUGCGUGCCAUUCCACGUCGCUGCUUAAGCGAAACAGGCGGUUUCUUUCUAACUGAUCGAAAAUGUGACGUGUCACGAACAAAUCUUUCGCGCAACUCCAGCAGCAGCCGAGGAACGGUUCCAUCAAAGGAGAUUCGUGUCCUCGUGUGGCACUCAUGGCAAUGUUGGAGAAAACGCGUCUGGCCCUUUGCA